UCUUCUUUUCGUCUGUCUAACUGUCUCUCUCUCUCUCUCUCUCUCUCUCUCUCUCUCUGUGUUCCUCUGCAACAAGUAAGCGAAAGCGAUCGAGCGAGAGUAUUGAGUUCAACGAUUGAGCGAGUGAUUUUCUCGGUUCUCUCUCUUUAACGACUGUGUGAAAUUUUGGGUUCUGAAAGCAAGAAUGGCGUGGUCUGCUAUAAAGCGCAGACAAUUGGAGGAUGGUUUUGGUUCCUUUGAGUUUCAGUUUCAGACCCAGAAGAGGAAGAGGUCUUCUAGGGUUUCUGAGACCCAACGGAAGGAAAAUUCGACUGUUGGUCUUCCUCUGCGCAAAGUCAAAGGUUUGACUUCAUCUGCUUCAAAAGAGACGUUGGAUUGUUCUAAGGUCUUGGAUUCUCUGAUGAACCUCAGCCAUGCGAGCUACUUCAACAAGCCUGUUGUUGAUCCUGUGGCUGAGAAUUUGCCGGGUUAUUUCGAAGAAAUCUGGAGGCCGAUGGAUUUGGGUACUGUGAAAUCGAAAUUGGAGAGGGGUGUCUACUCCAGCGCUGAUGGCUUUGCUGCUGAUGUCAGGCUUAUCUUCUCAAAUGCUUUCAGAUAUUUCAAUAUUGGAAGUAGAAAUCGUGCAGCAGCCAAGCAUCUGAGUGGGGUUUUUGAGACCCAAUGGAAAAAAGCCGAGGAGAAAAUGUCAAAUACUGCUUGUCCUCCUCCUACUCCUCCUCUGCCCAAACGGAGACCAAAUGGCAAGAGCUCUUCUGCUUGUAGGGUUCUUAUGCAAAGUCAAGGGGUUGUUGGGGUUUCUGAUUCUCACUCAGUUAAGUCAACCAAAGAUGAUGACUUGGGCACCCUUGUUCAUCAUGCCAUGUAUCAGGCCACAGACAAUCUUUCUCCAUGUAAGGCUAGGCGAAUUCAGUCGCUCAAGAUGCGAUUUUCGGGUACAAUACGGAAAGCAAACAAGAUACUUAAAGGUCUACCUGAUUCUCCACCAAGGAGAAAAUUGAUGCAUCGGAUGGAUCAAAGGGAAUCGGCUCGUCGUGCCGUUUUGAACAUGGAGAAGUCAGUCCAAUUUGAGGACCCCUUAAAGGAUCUCAAACAACUUGAGAUUCUCUGUGGCUGUGGCAGUGAAAGGGACUACCUUGGAUUGCCCCUUAAGCAUUUGGGUUUGUACCUCAAGGAAGAUGACGAGUUGCAGGGUCAGGACGAGGAGGCUUUUCUGAAUGGAGAUUGGGAGGAAGGCGAGAUCUGCUGGCAGGAAGGCGAUUGGGAGGAAGGUGAGAUCCGCUCAUGAAGUACAGUUUUUGUGUGAUUGCUAUUUGAUGGCUAAUGCAACUGAGAGCGAAUGGUUUGGGCAUGAGGGACAAAAGGAUGUAAGUUGGCAAUAAAACUGAAAUCAAAUCACAUGGAAGCUUAUCAAGAACCUGGAGACAAUUCCCCAUCUUCGCAGGUGCAUCAGCAGCAGCUUUUCUUUCCCUAUGAACGUACACCAUAGAGAAAUUCCAAACUCCAGCUAAUCAGGUUUCUGCAUCUUUAAGUCUGUUUUGAUUUAUUAAAGGAAUGAAAUGAUGAAUAAGUGUUUUGCAUCUGUACAAAUAAAAUGAUUUCUUGUAUAAGCUGUUCAGUUGCGAAGGUUGUUGCUAUGGAGUGUGUGCCCCACUCAUCUAAUCCCAGCAUUGGCAUUUGCUUCAGUAACCCUGAUAAUCAGUUUGCGGUUUGCAUUGCUGUUAGAGUUGUGUUGCCUUCAUCAUCUCUUCAAUAAGGGUUAUAUCAUGGCUAUUUCAGAUGUUCAGUUGCAAAGGUUGUUGGCUGGUCAGGUCCCCCCAAUAUUUUUUUUCCCUCUUGUACUGUCUCUUCACGUCAAUAAUGCCAUAAUAUGAAGGAAAACUAUGGGGUGUGCCCCCUUCUUUUAAACCCUGCAGUGGCAUUGCUUCAGUGACUCUGAUAAUCAGGUACAUCAUCUUCAUUUCUCCUUUAUAUUUAUGAAAUAACCCAAUCCGUGUUUUCUUUGUUUUUCUUUUGUGGCUUAGAUUUCUCCAUCCUUUUUUGUUUCUUUUUCUGGGGUCUCAUUUAUGUUGCUGUCACUAUGGUUAUGUAUUAAAGAUUAAUGACAUUUCAUGCAACAAUUUACAGAGCUGCUACUGUUUAGGAAAUCUAUCUUACCAAUUUGUGUUCUUUGGUUUCGUCUUAUCAGAUGUUUUGAGCCUUGUUUAGGAAAUCUAUGGUAAAUAAAAUUUAGGUUUGUUUCAUACUAGUAUGAUUUUCACUGAGAACUUAGGUUGAUGAAGAAGAAAGGUUGUAAGUAAGUUUUAAAGUACACUAUCUGCAUCUUAUGAGAUCUUGAGGUAGUUUGAGCAUUAUAUAUAGAUUAGAAUGCCCAGCAAGCAGCAGUGAAUUUUUUAUUUAAGUCGCCGUAUCUGGUAAAUAAAAUUGUAUACAGCUCUGGUUAGAGUUCAUUUG